AUGGCGGCGCCCGAGGCCUGGUGUGCCCGGAGUUGCUGGUUCUGUGAGGUAGCGGCGGCAACGACCAUGGAGGCAACGUCCCGGGAGGCGGCGCCAGCGAAGAGCUCGGCCUCGGGCCCCAGCGCUCCCCCCGCUCUGUUUGAACUGUGCGGGAGGGCGGUGAGCGCCCAUAUGGGGGUUCUGGAGAGCGGGGUGUGGGCCCUCCCAGGCCCAAUACUUCAAAGCAUCUUACCUCUGCUCAAUAUAUAUUACUUGGAGAGGAUUGAGGAAAUUGCCCUGAAGAAAGGUCUCUCCACUCAGGCCAUUUGGCGCCGACUAUGGGAUGAGCUGAUGAAGAAAAGGCCCUCCAGUUUGGAGGGGGUGACCUGUUGGCGAGCCAAGUUUAUGGAGGCCUUUUUCUCCCAUGUUCUACGUGGGACCAUUGAUGUGUCUUCUGACAGGCGUCUUUGUGACCAGCGCUUCUCACCUGUCCUACACAGCUCCCGUCAUGUCCGGCAGCUCACCAUCUGCAAUAUGCUGCAGGGAGCAACUGAGCUGGUGGCUGAGCCCAACCGCAGGGUUCUGGAGACCCUGCCUAGUUCCCUGCACACUCUUAAGUUCCGCCACUUGCUGUUCUCUGAUGUGGCUGCCCAGCAGUCACUUCGACAGCUGUUGCAUCAGCUCAUUCACCAUGGGGCUGUUAGCCAAGUGUCCCUGUACUCCUGGCCUGUGCCUGAGUCAGCCCUUUUCAUCCUCAUACUCACCAUGAGUGCUGGCUUUUGGCAGUCAGGCCCUGGUAGCCUGCCUUGUCACCAGUGUGGAGAGGCCUCCCGAGGCCGGCCUCCAUCCCGAGAUGAAGGGUCCCUUUUGCUAGGCUCACGUCGGCCUCGGCGAGAUGCUGCGGAAAGAUGUGCUGCAGCCCUGAUGGCCACCAGGCGAAAGAGUGAAGUCAAGCAGAUGCCCAGAUCUGCACCUACUCCUCGAGUAACAUGCCGCAGCACACAGGAGAGCCUGACAACAGGCGGGACAGACCCUAAUAGGGAGCUGCACCCUCCAGCCACCUCUCAUGAGGCUGCUGGAACCAAGCGGCCAACCUCUGCUCCAGCUGCCACCUCUUCUGCCUCCUCUUCCACAUCCUCAUCCAAACAGGCUCCAGCUAGCUCUGCCUCACAGCCUAAGCCCUUAAAGCGCUUCAAACGAGCUGCAGGGAAGAAGGGUGCUCGUACCCGUCCAGGGUCUGGUGCAGAGUCUGAAGACCUACAUGACUUUGUUUUUAUUGUGGCUGGUGAGAAGGAGGAUGGUGAAGAGAUGGAGAUUGGGGAAGUGGCUUGUGGAGCUUUGGAUGGAUCAGAUCCCAGCUGCCUCGGGCUCCCAGCACUGGAGGCCUCCCAGCAGUUCCGCAGCAUCUCCACUUUGGAGCUAUUCACAGUUCCUCUUUCCACAGAGGCAGCUCUGACACUGUGCCACCUGCUGAGCUCGUGGGUGUCUCUGGAGAGCCUUACACUCUCUUACAAUGGUGAGCACCGGGAGGUACAGGGCUGGGCUUGGACCUUUCAGCAGCAUUGAGCCUAAUCUAGAGGAAUGUAUGUGGAGAGUCAUGAUGUAAUGUGGGGAGUCA